AGUGUACAUUCAUAUGCCGAUAGAAGCGGUUAUAUUUCCCUUUGCAUAAUUCGCGCUCAGACAGAAAAUAUUUACUGCAACAUAAAACUUUAGUAUAGUGAAGAAAAUAUAUAUCCACAGAUAGCAAGCUGUCGCCUCAUCUCUUCAAGAAAUGGGUUUAUUAUCUUUGUUAAGAAAACUACGCCCCAGCCCCGACAAAGAAGCCAGAAUACUGUUACUUGGCCUAGAUAAUGCUGGCAAGACGACAAUUCUAAAGCAAUUGGCAUCUGAAGAAAUUUCUACGGUAACGCCAACAGCUGGUUUCAACAUAAAAUCCGUGGCAGCCGAUGGCUUCAAGCUCAAUGUCUGGGACAUUGGCGGUCAGUGGAAAAUACGGCCUUACUGGAAAAACUACUUUGCCAACACGGAUGUAUUGAUUUACGUAAUUGAUUGCACCGAUCGUGAACGUUUAUCCGAAACUGGCCGCGAGCUCUUCGAACUACUUAUGGACAAUCGUCUCAAGCAGGUGCCAUUGUUGGUGUUCGCCAACAAACAGGAUCUACCAAAUGCGCUUACCGCAUCUGAGGUAGCCGAAGCGGUGCAAUUAGUGCGUUUAGAAGAGCGCACCUGGCAGAUAAUAGGCUGUUCAGCCGUCGACGGCACUGGCAUCAAAGAUGGCAUGGAUUGGGUCUGCAAGAACAUGAAGAAAUGAACAAACUUCAUUUCGUUUAUUUGUAGUAGUAUGAUGAACAUAGCAUGUAUGUAUGUACAUACUAAGUAGUAUGCUAUGUACUAGCUUUUGAACAAGGAAAAAGUACAGUAAUCAAUGGAAAUUUUAAUGUAGAUUCUCCUAAAUAUGUAUAAGUAUUUUAGAAAGUAGAUAUGUAUAUGCGCGUGCAGCUCAUAAUUUAAUAAAAUUUAUUUGGUUUUACUCAUAGGCCACUAAUAAUAGAAAUUACUCAUUACUGAUUACAAA